GGUGCAAAGCAGGGGUGUUGUGCUGGCGCCGGGGGGCAUGGCGAGCGCAGGAGGCUCGGUGGCGCUGCGCUGGGGCUUGCGCGCCAGGAGCGCUUUUCGGGUGGAGAGCUGCAGAAGGAAUGCUUUUGACCAAGAACUACUGGGUCCCACCUCUCUUAGUGGCUUCAGCCUCCAACAUCACCGAAGGGCCUAUCGAGCGGCUCUUUGCAUUGAGCUGACAAAGCCAUUGGUUGUAAGAGAUGUCCCAUCUUCUUCUUUGGAGCCUCACGAGGUCAGAGUUUGUGUCCGUUACUGUGGAGUAAAUUUUGCAGAUAUACUGGCUUGUCAGGGUCUUUACCAAGAAAAACAUUCCCUUCCAUUCAUCCCAGGAAUGGAAUUUUCAGGGGAUGUGAUGGAAACUGGAGUGGAUGUCAGCGGCAUAAAGGAGGGGGACCGUGUAAUUGGUGUGGCCAACACCAAAGCUCUGGCUGAGGAGUAUGUUGCUGAUCAAAAGUUGCUUUGGACAAUCCCCCAGGGAGUUUCUUAUGAAGAAGCUGCAACGUUACCUGUCUCUUAUGGGACAGCCAUCUUGGCCCUUGAACGCAGAGCAUGCACAAAGGCAGGGGAGACAGUUUUGGUGACUGCAGCAGCUGGUGCCACAGGACUUGCCACGGUUGAUGUAGCAAGCAAUGUCCUUAAAGCAAAGGUAAUAGCAGCAGCAGGAAGUGACAAAAAAUGCAACCUGGCUCUCCAGAAGGGGGCUGUCCAGAGUAUUAAUUACAACUCAGCUGGCCUGAGGGAGGAAGUGAAAAAGCUCACUGCCAAUAAGGGAGUUGAUGUGGCCAUUGACACCAUUGGUGGAGACAUUUUCAAGGAGGCAUUGCACAGCCUCAGUUGGGAAGGCAGGAUCGUGGUGAUUGGUUUUGCUGGGGGAAUUAUCCCUUCUAUCCCAGCCAACCUGCUGCUUCUGAAGAACAUCUCUGCCCUGGGACUGUACUGGGGCCGAUACAGGAGCCAGGAUUUCCCAGUCUUUUCCUCGGCACUUUCUUCUGCUCUUCAGUAUUGUCAAGAGGGACGUAUCCAACCUUAUGUAGGAGCAGUGUUCAAAUUGGAGGAGGUAAAUGAAGCCUUUGCACAGGUGACUCAGCGUAAAUCUACAGGAAAGGUUAUCAUCUCAGUUAGUUAAGCCUAAUUUUGUGUGUGUAUGUAUAGAAGUUGGCUGUUGCUCCUUAUUGCUCUUGUCGCCUCCUGAAGAGAGAUGAGACCUCCUCCCAUGAAGCCUAAACAGUUCACUAACAGUGUAAUCCUAUGCAAAGUUAACCUGGUCUAAGCCCAUUAAAAUAGAUGCAAGUGAUCCAGGCAUUUUUGGGCUACAACAGCAGACACUUGUCUUCUGAGCUGCAUAACCUCACUAUAGUUUCAUCGCCCUGGUGUAACCCAACUUUGAUUUUAAGAGGGAUAUUAUCAUCAAUGGAAUGGCUAUCAAAUACAGCAACAAUAAUCAACAUAUAAUAGUUCUGGCCUGUUGUGCAACACAGACUAGCAGGGAGUCCUUUCCAGUUCUGUCUAGCUGUGUCCUUUAGCACUGCUGAUGGACUUGCAGCUUUUCUUUUCUUUGCUGAGCUCUCUCUCCUUAUUGUCAAGCAUUCAAAGGUUGCCCUGCAAUAUCAGAAUAUAGUUCAUAACAAACUGAAGUCUCUGAAGCAGAAGCGUAGUUCCAUGGG